GAAAUAUCUCUAUCUGAUUUCAGGUUUUUUAAUGAGUUUUUAAUGAGUAAUGAAAGACAUAUAUCUAAAGAAAUUCGAGAUGAGUAUAUUGAUACAAUGAGUAAGAUCUAUUACUCGUAUUUUAAAAGUUAUACGAGUCGACUGAUGAAGCUACAGUUUGAGGAGGUGGCAGCUAAAGAUGAUCUGAUGGGAUACGAAGAUAACGCCAAGAAAAAUAUCCUUUUUAUUACACAUACAUAA